UAUCUAUAAUGAAGCAUACAUAUCAGUAUUUUAUAAUAAGAAAUACCUUUGUAUUGUUUUAUAUGUAUGCUGUAAAUUAUAGCUCUGUAAGGAUACCUAUAUGCGUUAUCUCUCUGCAGAUAUCAGAGGACCAGGCGACGUGCACAAAAUGCGACAAGACGAUGACCUGGAAGUCUGUGGACACCCUCAAGAAACAUCUGCAGAGAAAGCACCCAGAAGUAACUGGCAUUGGAGACCAUGAUGAUCCCGAAAUACCGAGUUCUCCGCUAUCACCGCCAAGAAUGAAACUAAUAAAAGUCGACCCAUUGGACAAAAUCCCGUCAGCCAAUAAGAAACGCAAACUUGACCCUGCCGCAGACAACGAGCCAAUCACAACGAAGCAAACAACUCCCUCAUUGGACAGAUUCAACAGCCUCAACCAAUUCGGCCUCUACGUAGCCUCGUUGCUGAAACUGCUGCCCAGGAAGAGGUGCAUCAAGUAUCAGAACCAGAUAGUGGACAGGCUGUUGAAGGACCUGGCGGCCGCCGCCUAGUUUGAACCUCGUUUAACGGAAGUUUGAUUACUGAAGUUUUGAUUUGAGUUCAAGAUAAUUAAAAGGCUAUCAA